AUGGCAUCCGGCGGCUCCAAGCGGAGAAAGCUCUCUCAUGAGUCUCCCUCCCAGGACUCAUCAGCACCCUCAAAACAAGCCCAGAAAGCCUUUUUCAAGAACGCAGCCAGCUGGAAUCUUGAACAGGACUACGAGUCGCGGCCAAGAAAAGGGAAGAAGAACAAUGAAAAGACCAGCACAAGAUUGCCCAUCAAGACUGCCGAUGGACGCCUGGAACUCCUGAGCGGGGUUGAAGAGGAGGAGGACGACGUUUCGGUUGAGAGCGACACCGAAUGGCUAGAGGGCCGCGAGGAAGAGGAGCCCGAAUCCGAGCCCGAAGAGGCCGAGGAGGAAGCAGAACCAGAAAAGUCAGAGCAGGAGCAGAUCUUGGAAGCUCAGGAGGAAUUGGCCAAGCUUGCCACUGCCGUCAAUGAGAAUCCCGAGGACAACGUCGGCGCCUUCAAAUCCUUGGCCCGGAUCGGCCAGUCCAAAAUCGUCGCAAUACAGAUUCUCACCCUCAUGACCCAAAUGGCGGUCUACAAGGACGUCAUCCCAGGCUACCGCAUACGCCCGCUUUCGGAGGAGUCGUCAAAGGAGAAGCUGUCCAAGGAGGUCCGCCAGCUGCGGCAAUACGAGCAGUCUCUUCUCACGGGGUACCAGGGUUACCUCAGGGAACUGACGAGAUGCGCAAAGCUGCCCUACAGCACGGGGGCUAUGAAAAAUCUCAACAAUGUGGCCAUCACAUGUGCCUGCACGCUACUAGUGUCGGUCCCUCACUUCAACUUCCGUGGAGACUUGUUGAAGAUCAUUGUCGCCAAGAUCAGCAGAAGACAUAUCGACAACUCUGGACAGAAGUGCAUUGAAACACUCGACACUCUGUUCCGCGACGACGAAGAGGGACGGGCUUCCAUGGAAGCCAUGGCAAUGAUCUCCAAAAUGAUGAAAGCCCGUGAUUUCCAGGUCCAUGAAAGCGUUGUGAAUCUCUUCCUCAGCCUUCGCUUGUUGUCUGAGUUCUCUGGCAAGGCGUCAUACGAUGCCGUCGAACGCGAUGCAACAAGAACAAAGAAGCCCAAGCGGGAGUUCCGCACCAAGCGUGAGCGCAAGGAUAUCAAGAAGCAUAAGGAACUCGAGAAGGAGAUGAGCCAAGCAGAUGCCCUCGUCGACCACGAGGAGCGGGAACGCAUGCAGUCUGAAACCCUCAAGCUCGUGUUCGCAAGUUACUUCCGCAUCCUCAAGUUCAGGAUGCCGCACCUGAUGGGUGCCGUCCUAGAAGGUCUAGCCAAGUACGCUCAUCUCAUCAACCAGGACUUCUUCGGUGAUCUUCUGGAAGCUCUCAAGGAUUUGAUCCGGUACAGCGACAGCGAUCUCGAGGCUGGCAACGACGAGGUGGAAAACAAGCAGGACGAGGAAGAGGCCGACGACGACGACGAUGACAGCACGACAGCAGUGAGAAAUCUCACCCGCGAAGCCCUCCUCUGCACUGUCACAGCAUUUGCACUCCUCGCAGGCCAGGAUGCCCACAAUUCCCGCAACCAACUCCAUUUGGAUCUGUCCUUCUUCACCAGCCAUCUAUACAGCGCCCUCCUCUCCCUCUCCAUUGAUCCAGACCUCGAGCUUACGAAACGCUCCGUCGUAUCUCAGAGCGUCAAUAAAAUCAACGUCCAGACAACAACCGUUCUUCUUCUUCGUUCUCUCACGGCAAUUCUCCUCCCCAGCUACAACAUCCGCUCUGUUCCCCCGGUCCGUUUAGCCGCCUUCACCAAGCAACUCAUGACUAUGCUGCUGCAUAUUCCCGAUAAGUCUGCGCAGGGCGUACUAGCCUUGUUGGGUGAUGUAGCCCAUGCACAUAGCAAGAAGGUCAAUAGUUUGUGGAACACCGAAGAGAGAAAGGGUGACGGGAAGUACAACGCACUGAGCAUCAACGUGGACGGAAGUAACCCAUUUACUGCAACAGUCUGGGAGGGCGAGUUAUUGAGGAAACACUAUUCGCCCAAGGUAAGGGAAGGCGUCAAAUUACUUGAGAAGGGCAUGUCUGGGUAG